UCUCCUCAUCCGCACUCACCCGCUCUCUACCCCUUUCCUCCCCACACCUCCAUACCCUCCCAUCUCUCGGGAUUGCUGGUUCAUACCAUACCGCUUACCGCUCCACAUACGCUCUGCCAGCGAGCCAGAUAGCGCGUGCCCACUCUCCUUUUCACCAUGUUUGGCGGCUCUGCCCCGUCCGGGGGGUUCACCUUUGGCCAGCAGAAUAACAAUCAGCAACAGCAGCAGCCUGGCCAACAACAGGGAGGCGGUCUUUUUGGCGGGGCUGCUCAACAACAACCUCAGCAGAAUGCUUUUGGAGCCGGAGGAGGCUUCGGAGGUAGUACUUUUGGAGGCGCCCAGCAGCAACCAGCUUCCGGCGGUCUCUUUGGAGCGGCCAAUACGGCGAAUCAGCCCAAGCCCGGCGGCUUCUCUUUUGGUCAACCUCAGCAGGCACAGCAACAGCCGGCAGCGAGUCCAUUUGGAGCUCGUCCGACAACUGGUACCUUUGGUGGCUUCGGAGCCAACAACAACACAGCGGGAGGAAGUGGCGGCUUUUCAUUUGGCGCCAACAAUGCUCAGCAGCAGGCCCAGUCAACUCCGUUCGGUAGCGCUCAGACCAGCACUCCAUUUGGAGCAAAGCCGGCUACCGGCGGUCUCUUUGGCCAGGCUCCUCAGCAACCAAGCACGGGAGGACUUUUCGGGCAACAACCUCAGGCUGGUGGGCAGGGAGGUCUGUUCGGUAGCGCUGCUCCUCCAGCUCAAGUGACUCAAGGAACAUCGAAUCCACCAUACCAGGUCACGAUCAUUCAGGAGAAGGACGCUUCGAACAACCAGUCUGCUUUUGCCUACCAGUCCGUGAAUUGCAUGCCACAAUACAAGGCAAUGUCCUUCGAAGAGCUGAGGGUGCAGGACUAUGAGCAGGGCAGGAAGUCAGGCAAUGCCAACGCUGGCGGCAUGGGAAGUACGUCUGGCUUCGGUGGCUUUGGCCAACAGCCUCAGACCGGCGCGAGCAAUACUACGGGUGGUGGUCUGUUCGGUCAGUCCCAGCCUACAGGUCAGACACAGCAGUCUGGAGGACUGUUCGGCAGCUCGAGCACUCAAAGUGGCGGUCUGUUUGGCCAGCAACCUCAGCAACAACAGCAAACAGGCGGCCUCUUUGGUCAACAGCAGUCUCAACCUGGUCAGACCGGAGGGCUUUUCGGUCAGCAGCAGACUCAACAACAACCCGCCUCAAGUGGCUUCAGCUUCGGUGGAGCGAACAACACUCAGCAGCAGCAGCAGCCAGCCACUGGAGGCUUCAGCUUUGGGGGCGCUAACAAUGCCGCCGCUCCGAAGCCUGGUGGACUGUUCGGAGGUGGUUUUGGCAGCAACACUGCAAGCAACACCGGAACAACAGGCGGGUUCAGCUUUGGCCAGCAGCCUCAGCAACAAACACAGCAGCAACAACCUGGUCAGACCGGCGGAGCCUUUGGAGGUAGUAGCGGAUUCUCUUUCGGAGGUGCCAGUGCGGCAAAGCCUGCCACCGGCGGCCUCUUUGGGUCAUCACAGCCCGCUGCAGCUCCAUCUCAACCAGCAUUCGGGGGCUUCGGCGCCUCGUCCACAGCUGGAGCUGCUGCGCCAAAGCCUGCCUUCUCAUUCGGCGGCGCAGCCCCAGCUGCAGGUAACACCGGCACUGGCUUUGGUACAGGCACAACCUCUGGCGGUCUGUUCGGCAGUCAACAGCCUUCGACUGCUGGCCAGCCCGCCACCGGUGGAAGUCUCUUUGGCGGUCUCAACCAGCAGAGUCAGCAACAAGGAUCAACAGGUCUGGGAUCCGGUUUUGGAGCAUCCACGACAAACAACACUGGUGGCGGACUCUUCGGCGGAGCGGCUAGUAAGCCUGGCGGGUUGUUCGGUUCCUCCACUACGCAGCCAGCGGGGCAGAGUGGCUUUGGCACCGCUUCGACUGGCGGAUUCAGCUUUGGCGGGGCGAACAAUCAGCAGCAGCAGGGGCAGCAGGCACCCAAGCCAGGAGGCUUCUCCUUUGGUGCUCCAGCAAGCACGACUGGAACGGGAGGUGGUCUCUUCGGCAAUACCGGCGGUGCAGGAGGUGGAGGCUUAUUCGGCUCCUCCAACUUGGGCAACACAGGUACUUCUGGGGGGCUCUUCGGUUCGUCAACGUCGCAGAGCAAUACUGGUGGCGGUCUAGGUAAUUCUACUUUCGGAGCUGGCGCUGGGCAGUCGAACCUUGGUGGCUCGACUGGCCUCUUUGGCUCGUCAAACCAGCAGAGUCAGCAAAACCUGCCUCCUCAGGGUGUCGGGCUCACUGCUGAUCCUUACGGCACAGAUGCUCUCUUCCAUUCGAUGACUGGUGGUACGGCAGCCAACCAGCCCAAUUUGCCAUUCAAUGUCUCUACAAGCUCUACAGGUCCACUUGGCUCUCUCUCGGCGAGUCACAAGAGCAAGCCUCUACCUGCUCCUAUGAUGAGCCCGUUCCGACCCAACCCGAAGAAUGCUUCACGCGUUGUGCGGCUUCGUGGUGGUACACCAGCUCGAGACUCAUCGCCUUCUGCGGGUGGCAGCGGUCUAUUUGGAAGGAGCUCCAGCCCUUCUAUGAAUGGCGCCGGUGGCCUCUUCAAGGGUCUGAGCGAUGAAGUUGCUGGUGCGUCAGACGGAUCACUCCCUAGUCAAGCAUUUGUGGGCCGUCAGAGCGUCAAGCGACUGGUCCUGACAGAUGGAAGCAACUCGAGCUUCGGAAGAGGCACCCGUGCAGACACGGAGGACCACACAAUUGGCGGUGGCAGCCUUCGCGAGUCAGUGCUAAGUGGUGCUCGAGGCGGUACCCCGCGCAGCACUGCUGCUCUGAACGGAAAUCGGGGCGUUGCAUUCAGUCCGGCACUGGAGACUGGCCUCGGUGGUUCGGCUGUCAAGAGAGGCGCUGACUUCUCAGCUGCCGCUCCAGCAGCCAAUGACAGCUUUGGCGAUGCCUCUUUCAGUCGCAGUAGGUCAGGUCUCUUUAACGAGACCCCAUCCAAGGCGAACAUGCCAUCCAGGACGCAAGGCAAGGACCUCUUGUCCCGCGACGAGCCGGCUCAAGACGCGGAGCCUACACUCGAAGACAUCCCUGUUGGUUCAUACCACAUUUCGCCUUCUCUCAACGCCCUGCGGCAGAUGAGCUACUCUGCGCUUUCACAAGUUCGCAACUUCACAGUCAGUCGAAAGGGCUUCGGCUCUGUCCGCUUCCUGGUGCCAGUGGAUUUGACAUCCGUCAAUGAUCUGACUGUCAUCGCGGGCGGCAUCGUUCAAUUGCGCGAGAAGGAGAUCUGGGUGUACCCCCAGCAGGAAGAUCUUGAACCGGGCCUUGAUGGUAUGAAGAGUGGCUACGAGCGAAACCCGGUGGCCAAAGCCAAGCAAGGCGAUGCCCUUAACGUGCCAGCCGAGGUGUCCCUGGAGAAGUGCUGGCCACUUGACAAGGCCACCCGACAGCCAUUAAAGGACGGCAGUCAUCCUCGCGUCAAGCAGCACAUCGCCAAGCUGCAAAAGAAGGGCGAGACACGUUACAUCGAAUACAAGCCUGUCGAGGGUCUGUGGCGCUUCGAGGUUGACCACUUUUCGCGCUACGGUCUUGAUGACACUACUGAUGACGAGGAUGGUGACACUACUCAGACUGCCGCUAGGUCGUCUCGCAAACAGAGCCAGAGGGACGAAGACGGCGAUGAUGCACCUCCGCCCCGUAGGAGUCUCAAAGGAUCGUCAAGACGGGGUCAGUCUUCUGAUGAAGCUCCCCCUUCGCUGACAUCUGAGUCUUCCGAAGAGGAGGACUAUGAGGAAGACGACGAAGAGCUCGCCUCUCAAGCAUCUUCCGAUAUGCGCGCAUCCGACCUCAAUGAGGAUAAUCUCUAUACCAAAGCACAGCACUCGUGGCAGGCGCGGGAGUCAACGCCCCGUGCUCGUCGCAACUUUCGCGGUGCCUCUGCAACCCCACGAGCUGUUCGUGAAGGCACCUCGGAAAGGGACAUGCAUGCCAAUAGCAACCCGCCGUGGGCUGCCCAGCUAGGGUUGGAGCCACGACGUGUUCAAGUAAUGCAAGCAUCGUUUUUUGGGAGUAGGGCGCCUGGAGAAUCGGAGGAACAGGCCAGGACGCCCCGGGAGGAUCAGAUCAAGGACAGCAAGACGAAGGUGGUAGUGGGACAAAAGGGAGCUCGACAGGUGGGAAAAGAGUCAGCAGACAGGAAAGCUCGCUCGAAAGGAGCUGAGUUGGCAGCACAGGGUCUUAUUUCGAGGGUGAUAGAAGUUGCUCCUCAGAGCACGAAGAUCAGUCGGCUCGACAUCGCCGAUUCGAUUGUCAACGGUCGCGAUGGCGUCCCUCUUGACGCUGGUCUAGCAUUUGGCAGAAGUUUCAGGGUAGGCACAGGGCCAGGCGGUAUGUUGGUCCACAAUGGACGACUUCAGGGCGUCAAAGCGACUCCUGGAGCUGGCAUCUCUGCAUCCUUUUCGACUGUCAACCUCGAGAGGACAGCAAUUUUCAAGAAAGAGCAAGAAGAGGAAAUGGCAGCAAAAGCUCUCCGCUUACUGGAGCUUCAACUGGCCCAUUCGAUCAUUGAAGGUCAAGGCGAAGAUGAAGACGGACUGGGAUUGGACUGUCCUGCGAUCUUUGCGAGCUCAGAGCUGCGCUUCAAGCACUUUGUGGCCAAGUUUGACAAUGCCGACAGGAGCCACGAGGCGCUACUCUGGCGGUUGGGCGGCGCUCUCUUCGAUGAGCUCGAACUUCGGCUGCCAGCCGAUGCGUCUUCUGAGCUCGUGCAGAAGGUGACCAGCAUCCGACGCAAAGCCGCUGUGUCCAGCUGGCUUCGACAAGCUGUCGUCAACAGUGUCGAGACGGAGUGUCGUGGUCACGUUGCGGCAAGUCGCACGGAUGCUCUCAUCUUCUCUCAUCUUACCGGCAACCAAGUGGAGAAGGCGUGCUGUGCUUCUCUCGACUCAGGAGAUCUUCGUCUGGCCACACUUCUUGCACAAGUUGGUGGAGGCGAUGAUGAGGUGCGCGCAGAUGUAGCUGAGCAACUUGCAAUCUGGCGCAGUCAAGGCGUCGAUGCCCACAUCUCUCAAGACCAUCGCAAGAUCUACGAGCUUAUCUCUGGCAAUGUCACCUUCGCCCAAGGUACGAGCGGCCGUUCGGUGAGAGACCCAAUGGAUCGGGUCGAAGACCUGAACAUCGCCAACGGUCUAGACUGGAAGCGAGCUUUCGGCCUCCACUUGUGGUAUGCUACAUCUCACGAUGCUCCCCUCACCAGUGGCUUCGAGCGAUACGAAGCAGCACUUGGAGGGCCAGGCGAGACCGCCCCGCCUCUUCCACCGUACCGAGAGAAGGCUUCGAUGGGUAGCCUCAAGCUCAAGGAGAUGCUCAAGUCUGGAUCAUACGAUCGUGACGCCCUCUUCCAUCUCAUCAAGCUUUACGCUAGUCCCACUUUCGAUCUUGAGACAGCCUUAUCACCUUUGGGCUUUGGUCCCGUCGGGUCAGACUACCGACUCCCUUGGCACCUCUAUGUACUUCUCUCGCGGGUACUGAGGCGGAGAGACUUUGGAGAUCGAAUCGAUCUGGGUAUCGAGGCUACAGAGGAGGCCGAGGAAGCCGGUCUCUCGGUCGAGGGCAACUCGGCUCGAGCGGAUAAUCUCACUUCGGACUAUGCUCAUCAGCUCGAAAUGCAGGGACAGUGGACAUGGGCGGCUUUUGUUCUGCUGCACCUUGAGCUGCCAAGUAGCCGGAUUGCGGCGGUGAAGGCUCUUCUAGCGCGCAAUGUGGACAAGUUGGACGCAGACGCUCAAGCCUUCCUCACGGCUCGGCUCAAAGUGCCCCGCACCUGGCUCUUCGAAGCUCAGGCCAUCCGAGCGCGCUACAAGGACGAUCGUUUCAGCGAGUACGAGCUCUUGAUCAAGGCCCAUCUCUUCAGCGCAGCCCACAAUGUUGUGGUACGUCACCUUGCACCAGAAGCCGUCAUUCGAGGUGACUUGGGAAUGAUCUUCACGCUCUUCUCCCCAUUCCAAGACGCCUUCCCCGAUCGCCUUUACGAUCUGCCCGGGUGGACCAGUGGUGGGCAAGUCUACGUGGACUAUGCUGCCUGCCUGCAACAGCUGCCUAACCUCAUCGGAGCAGCCGAGACCAAGUCCAUUUCCCACAACGAGGAGUCGCGCUUACAGAGACUGGCAGCGCGUGUCGUCGAACUUCUGGAUCUUGUGCCAGCCUUGUUCCCCGAUGUAGAUUCGAACCUGAACCAUCUAGUGGCCAGGAGCGACAUGCUCGGCGCGCUUCACAACCUCGCCAGGGUCCUCUCGGCUCGGUCGCUUGCGCCGGAAGCGUCGGCUGCAUGGGACUCGUCGACUGUGCCGCCGGAGAUUGAGCAUGUGCAGAAUGCGGCAAAUGACUAUAUGAGCUUGUUGCUGGCAUGAGUCAGGGAGG